CAUUAGUUCAAUUGAAAGGUCUACUGCGUCAUUCCAAGACGCCGCCCUCGACUCUGCCUGCUUGCCAAAAAUUUGGACCGCGUUAUACUGCCUCUCGUCGACUUCAGUAUGGAGCUCUCUCAUAAUCAGAUUGUGCUUGCCUCGGGCGCAGCGACGCUCUCCUUGGCCCUGGGCAUUGUCCUGGUAAAAAAGCUGUCCAGGCCUGAUGAAUUCAAAGUCCCCCUUGUUGGAGGUGAGGAUGCGGACAUCAAUGCUCUCAAGCUCAGAUACGUGCGGGAGGCAGACGUCGUAUUGCAGGAGGGGUACGAAAAGUUCCGCAACGAAAUCUUCCAAGUGGCUACGCCCGACGGCCCGAGGCUCUUCCUGCCCCGGAGAUAUGCACACGACCUCAAGAAGUACAAGCGCCACGAGGCGAGUGGGAUGAAGGCGCUGGCGGAUCGACACAUCGGCAACUACACGACGAUUGACCACGAGAGCGAUAUAAUGCUGGGGGCCAUCAAGAUGGACCUAAACCGCAACUUGGGUCUGUUUGUGGGUGAUGUGGAGGAGGAAAUCCGGCUUUGCUUCGAUACACAAUUCCUCCCGUGCGAUGAUUGGACGCCUAUCGACCUCCACGAACAGCUUCUCCGGGUCGUUGCCCAGGCAAGCGCACGCAUUUUCGUUGGCGCACCACUGUGCCGAAAUGACGAGUGGCUCGAAUGCAGCACCAAGUUUGCCCUAGAUGUAAUGACUGGAGGAGAGAAGCUCAAGCAGUGGUCGCCAUGGCUGCGGCCAGUCGCGCAGUGGUUUGUUCCAGAAAUGAGGCGGAUACAUGGCGACCACCAACGGGCACGAGAUCUUCUCGCCCCAGAGCUGCGGAGGCGUCGUGAUGAGGAGCGCGCGGGAGUCGCCGUGCCCCGAAACGACAUGAUCCAGUGGAUGUUUGACCGCGCCAAGAAGACUGGCGAUACGAGCUUUGACGACAAGGAGCUGGCGAACCUCCAGAUGUUGACCGCCACCGCCGCAAUUCACACGACGAGGCUGGCCAUCAUUCACGCUCUGUACGACCUGGCCGCCCAUCCCGAGUACGUCGAGCCAUUGAGGCAGGAGAUUGCGGCAGUCAGAGCGGAGGAAGGAAGUCCGGUCUUGAAGAAGCAGACCCUAACUGCGCUUCGGAAGCUUGACUCGUUCAUGAAAGAGUCUCAGCGACACUCCCCUCCUUCAGUCGCCACCUUCCAGCGCAAGGCCAUGGUCCCAAUCACGCUCUCGGACGGUUUCCACAUCCCCGCUGGGACAAUAGCGCAGGUCAACACGAACGUCCUUGACGAGACGCCCGCCGAAUGGGGCGACCCACACGCCUUUGACGGAUUUCGCUUUUACAAGCUCCGCACGGAAAACAACCCGGAGGAGAACUCGCACAAGUUUCAGUUCGUCAGUCCCACUUAUGACAGCAUGCAGUUUGGCUAUGGCAAUGAUGCGUGCCCAGGGCGGUGGUUCGCAGGCCAGCAAAUCAAACUGGUGCUGGCACACAUCUUGUCAAACUAUGACAUCAAGUUUGCGGACGGACUCAAGGAGAGGCCCAAAAACUUCAUGUUUGAGGUCAACGUGAUGGCUGACCCGAGCGCGGUCGUGCUAUUCAAGCGGAUUGAGAAGAAGUAGGCACAGACUUCAGGUGCAACUGCUUGAGAACAAGCUGUCUCUUGUUUAGCUCUAGAAGGACCUUUUAUCACUCAAUAGUUUAUUGCGUAAUAUACACAAUACAAUCGCCCAGACAGGUUGGACACCAUCUGGGCUGAAUAUUA